GAAUUUAUAUUUAGAACAGCAAGGCUGUUUUAUAACAGUUUGCCGAACAACUCGUUUUCGGUGCAAAGAGUGGGAGAUUAUUUGUGAAAGUUUUCUACUGUGUACAAUAAUCUAGUAUAUAACCAAAUGUUAAGCCGGUUCAUACGGUUCAAGUUCUUUUUAUUGUUCAAGUUACCGUUUUGUUAUUUUGUUUUUCGAUAUUUUUAACUGGAAUACAUUCAUGCAUACAUUUUAAAGUAAGUAAUCAUAAACUAAGUUGAUUUUUCAAUUUUGCUCAUGUGUGUAAUUACCUGAUAACUAUAUAAAAUUAUAAGCUGCAACUGGUUACAUGCCAUGGCGUUUUUUACAUGCCAUGUUUCAUGAAUCCAUCAGAUUCUUGAAAAUAUUUUUAUCUCAUUGAUGUUUACGUACUUGGUGAGUGUGCGUAAUUGAAUGCGAUAAUUGAUAUUCUAUGUAAAUGAAUUAUUAUGAAUAUAGAAAAAAUGUAAAGCAUUUUCUUAUUUAUGUUCAAACUCGUACUCGUUUACUUACUCAUUUCACUUAAGUGUCAGUUACAGAUUAUCACCCAACACAUCUUCAUUAAAAAUGUCAUAUAUUAAUAAAAUGAUUGAUAAUCCGGAUGAAUUCGAAGGAUUUGAUAUGAGUAGUCUUCGAAUGGAUGAAGCUUUCCUUCAAAUAAUCAACUCUAGUCCAAAUAGUAUUUACAUAUAUGAGUUAAUAAGUGAAUGUAUAAAGUGUCCCUAUAAAAAAUUCAUAGCUGUACCAUCUGGAAGCACAUUAAUAAAAUUAAAGACAAGAUUUAAAACAAUAUAUAGGUUAUUAAAUACACAAGUUGGUGCUACACAUCCUGUUGAUAAUGAUGAUUUUGUGUGUGGAAUUAAACAGGAUUUUGGGCAAUUUGGUGUUUAUAAAUUGGAAACGAACGGGAUAAUAUGUAAUACUCGAGUAUUAAAGCAACCAGUAAAUAUCUAUUUACCAAUUCUAACAGUAAUUUUAAUCUAUUCCAUUUUUUUCCUAAUACCACUCUACUCAAUCGUCAAGAAGUAUGUAUUCAAAAAAGAUGUAAAAAACGAAUCUGAUCCAGUUACAACUAAAGAACGUUUAAAAUCGUUAGAUACUUUCCGAGGUAUUUCAAUAGUAUUGAUGAUAUUUGUUAAUUACGGGGGUGGAGGAUAUGUAUUUACUGAUCACGCCGUUUGGAACGGAUUACAAGUGGCCGAUUUAGUUUUUCCAUGGUUUUUAUGGAUAAUGGGAGUGUGUAUACCAAUAUCUAUUAGAUCUGUGUUGAAAAAAGAAACGCCAAAAGGAACAGCUUUUCUUAAUAUUCUUAGGAGAUCAUGUACGUUGUUUGCAAUUGGGUUGUUUUUGGGAUCAGGAACCAAUUUGGAAAAAUUAAGAAUAUUUGGUGUUUUGCAAAGAUUCGGAAUUUGUUACUUGGUUGUUGCUACAAUGUGCUUAUUUCUAAUGGAAGUUGAUUAUGCAGAAUUCGAUAGAAAAUGGAAAAAUUAUUUUUCGGAAAUACUGCAUACAUAUAAAAUGUGGAUUAUCAUUCUUAUUAUUUUAAUUAUAUAUUGUCUAGUAAUAUUUCUUGUGGAAAUAGAUGGAUGUCCAAAAGGCUAUCUUGGUCCAGGAGGAUUUCAUGAAAAUGGUAAAUACUUUAAUUGUACCGGUGGAGUUACAGGUCACAUAGAUGAAGUGAUCUUGGGAAAUCAUAUUUACCAAUAUCCAACAAUAAAAGAAAUUUAUAAUUCGAAACCAUUUGAUCCUGAAGGAAUAUUUGGAUGUUUAACAUCAAUAAUUCAAGUAUUCUUAGGUGUAAAAGCCGGAAUUAUAUUACUAACUAUAAAAUGCUAUAAAAAACGCGCCAUUAGAUGGACAUUUUGGGCCUUUUACACAGGACUUAUAGGAGCUGUUCUUUGUGGAUUUUCUAAGGAAAACGGAGUGAUUCCACUUAACAAAAAUCUUUGGUCUCUAUCGUUUGUAUUGGUUACGUCGAGUUUAGCAUUUCUGUUAUUAACAUUCUGUUAUCUAUUAAUAGACGUAAUUAAAAUAUGGAAUGGAAAACCGUUUUUAUUUGCGGGCAUGAACGCAAUUAUUAUGUAUAUAGGUCAUAGUAUAACGUAUUCCAACUUUCCCAUUAGAUGGGACGUUGAUAAUAAUGAAACUCACUUUUUGAGGUUAUUCGAAAACGUUUGGGGAACAAUGUGUUGGAUUUUAGUUUCGUAUUAUUUAUAUAAGAAAAAAAUAUUUUAUAGUAUUUAAUAGUUAUACUUAAAUUAUAUGUUAAGUGUUAUUUUGUAUAUGUGUAAUUAAAAACGAAAUAUAAUGUUAAUAUAAUAUUUUAAUAAGA